ACAUAUAUCUAUAUACGUAUACCUAUACCUAUACACACACAUACAUAUAUAUAUAUACAAUUUGUAUUUGUAUAUUUUUGCAUCAAAAUUUUCACCUAACGCGCUUUCAAGUACACUGAUCUCAGAGUUGCAGAUCUGAAGUUUAUUUUGCUUGUUUUGAAGUUACUGUAAUGAGAUUUUGAGAUAAUAAGGAAUAAGGAAGAGAGAAAAUGGGGGAAGGACAGCAGAGGUUUCAGUUAGGAACAGUUGGAGCGUUGGGAUUAUCCGUGAUUUCGUCGGUUUCUAUCGUGAUUUGUAACAAGGCAUUGAUAAGCACUCUUGGUUUCACUUUUGCCACAACUUUGACAAGCUGGCAUCUUUUGGUCACAUUUUGUUCAUUGCACGUCGCAUUAUGGAUGAAAUUUUUUGAGCACAAGCCUUUUGAUUCAAGAGCUGUCAUGGGCUUUGGUAUAUUGAAUGGGAUCUCCAUUGGACUUCUAAACCUCAGCCUGGGUUUCAAUUCUGUUGGAUUUUACCAGAUGACAAAACUAGCAAUCAUCCCAUGCACCGUACUUUUGGAGACACUUUUCUUCAGCAAGCAAUUCAGUAAAAAAGUCCGGUUUUCGUUAACCAUCUUGCUUUUGGGAGUUGGAAUCGCAACAGUAACUGACCUGCAGCUCAAUCUCAUGGGCAGCAUUUUAUCUGUACUUGCCAUAUUAACAACUUGUGUGGCUCAAAUUAUGACAAAUACAAUCCAGAAGAAGUUCAAGGUUUCUUCGACACAGUUGCUCUACCAAUCAUGCCCAUAUCAAGCUCUUAUUCUGUUCGUUGUAGGCCCAUUUUUAGAUGCCCUAUUAACGAAUCAAAACGUUUUUUCUUUCAAAUACACGCCUCAAGUGCUGGCGUUUAUCGUUCUCUCCUGCCUUAUUUCUGUUUCUGUCAACUUCAGUACUUUUCUAGUAAUUGGGAAAACAUCACCAGUGACUUAUCAGGUGUUGGGUCACUUGAAAACGUGUUUAGUUUUAGCAUUUGGUUAUGUUCUAUUACACGACCCAUUCAGUUGGAGAAACAUUUUAGGAAUUCUCAUUGCCGUUGUGGGUAUGGGGCUCUAUUCAUAUUUCUGUACUCGCGAUACACAACCAAAGGCCACUGAAGCAUCAACGCAAUUUUCUCAGACUAAUGAAAGUGAGAGCGAUCCUUUAAUUAAUGCCGAAAAAGGAACGCAUGUGUCAAGCGAGGUCAGUCCUCAGAAACCACCAGUAUGGAACUCAGAUAAGGAUCUCCAUGCGUAAUGAGUCGACAAUUUUUCAAUCUUCAGGUAUAAAUACCAUCUAUUCCCAAAUAUUACACGUGUUCGACUUAUCAAACCGCUACCACCAUCAGCAUCGUCACUUGAUUGGAAAUCGUAGCCUAUAAGAAGUUUUUAGGAGUCAAUUCAUUUUGAUUGAAGUUUUCACUUUUUUAUAUAGCGAGUCUUAUUACUAUGGUGUAAAAUGCAGAUUGAGGUGACUGAAUAGAAAAACAAAAUGAUAUAUAUAUGGAACCUGACUUUACUAUUGUGUUGUAUUAUUUUAUCUCCGUUAAGGAAGUUAAUCAAAUCUUUUUUUGGUAACAA